UCAAGCAAAUUUCCAUUAUCUCUUCCUUCAUAUCCAUUGACUUCCACCCGUACUUACCUCCACAACUUAUACCUUCUGUUUCUAGCAAAAUGCAGCAGCAGCAUACCACCACUUGUACAAAUCUUCCUCAACCCAAAGCCGUCAGCAUGCUAUGCUAGUUUUGAUUAGAUAGCGGGAAGGAUGGUGGAUACAAAGAGGCGGAGAUCAUUAAUGAUUUGCAGCUGCCUUACUUCAGCCUUUAUUCUUUCUGCAGUUCUUCUUGUUGGGAGUGCAAUGCUUCUCACAAAUUAUAAUCAUAAACAAAGUCGUGUUGGAUUGCAAACUAUUGGUGUUGUCAAGACUACAACCUUUCAAACCCCCUGUGAGAAUCAAUGCAUGCCUGAUGGAAGUGAGACAUUGCCUAGAGGUAUUGUUACUAGAACUUCUGAUUUGGAAAUGCGGCAGCUAUGGGGCCCUUCCAAAAAAAAGAAUUCAAAGUCACCAAUGAACUUGCUGGCCAUUGCAGUUGGACUAAAGCAGAAAGGAAAUGUAGAUCAAAUUGUUAAGAAGUUUCCCCCAGCUCAAUUUGUUGUUAUGCUUUUCCAUUAUGACGGCAAAGUGGAUGGUUGGAAAGACUUAGAAUGGAGUAGUCAUGCCAUUCAUGUUUCCGCUAUUAACCAAACUAAAUGGUGGUUUGCGAAGCGUUUCCUUCAUCCAGAUGUUGUUUCUGAGUAUGCAUAUAUCUUUCUGUGGGAUGAAGAUAUUGGAGUUGAAAAUUUUCGUGUUGGAAGAUAUCUAUCAAUAAUUAAAGAAGAAGGGCUUCAAAUAUCACAACCAGCAAUUGAUCCUGAUAAGUCGGAUGUCCAUCACAAAAUCACAUCCAGGGAAAAGAGAUUAAAAGUGCAUCGAAGGGCUAUUAACUUAAGAGGGACUGGGAGAAGGUGUUACGAAAAUAGCACAGAGCCUCCCUGCACUGGGUGGGUGGAAAUGAUGGCUCCUGUUUUUUCACAUGCAUCCUGGCGUUGUGCGUGGUACAUGAUUCAGAACGACUUAAUUCAUGCAUGGGGGUUGGAUUUCCAGCUUGGUUACUGUGCACAGGGAAACCGAACUGCAAACAUUGGGAUUGUUGACUCAGAGUACGUUGUCCACUAUGGUCUUCCUACCCUAGGGGGUUCAGCAGUAAAUAAGACAAGUGAAGUACAGGGCCAAGCUUCAAAACAUGGUACCUCACCUGACAAAGGAUCCAUGGUGCCGUCUAGAUCUCAUCCUUCUGAUGAUAGAGACGCAGUUCGGAAGCGAUCUUAUGCCGAGUUAGAAAUUUUCAAGAACAGAUGGAAAAAGGCAGUGAGAGAAGACAAAUGCUGGAGUAAUCCGUUUCAGUAGCCUGCAAAGCAGAGCAGGGGACUUCGUCUAAUGGAUGAUGAUAGUUCAAGGGAAAUAUACACAUGGAAAAUUAACACUAUAAGCUUGUACCUAAAUUAUAUGUAUUGAUUAUAACAUCACUGAUGACAGGAAAAUUAUUUAUUCGUUAUAGCAUCACUAAUAAAACGCAAAGAACGAAUAGGAAAAUCAGACACGGGGUUUUUGUUGGA